UGCACCGUCUUUGCCUUCGGGCAGACCGGCUCGGGGAAGACCUACACCCUGAUGGGACCCCUCGCCCAGAGCGAGACCCGGCCAGCGGCCCCGGGGCUGCUGGGGCUGAUGCAGAGGUCCUUUGCCUGCCUCCUAGAGCAGAGCCGGAGCCGUGGCUCUGACCUGGCGCUCAGUGCCUCCUACCUGGAGAUCUACAACGAGCAGGUCCGGGACCUGCUGAGCCCAGGGCCCCCGUGUGCCCUGCCCCUGCGAUGGAGCAAAACCCGCGGCUUCUACGUAGAGAACCAGCUCCGUGUGGACUUUGAGAGCCUGGAGGCCAUCACUGCCCUCCUCCUGCAAGGAUCCCAGAGGCGACGGACCUCAGCACAUGCCCUCAACAGGCAUUCGAGCCGCAGCCACGCUCUUCUGACCAUCCACAUCCACAGCCGGGCCGCCAGCGCCAGCCCCAGCAAGCAGGGCACGCUGUGCUUCGUGGAUCUGGCCGGCAGUGAGCGGGUGAAGGAGACCGGCUCCAGCGGGGAGCUCUCUGUGGAGGCCAACAACAUCAACCGCAGCCUCCUGGCACUGGGACACUGCAUCUCUCUGUUGGCCAAACCCCAAGGGAAGCGGACACACAUCCCCUACAGGGACAGCAAGCUCACCCGGCUGCUGGCCCGCUCCCUGGGCGGCUCAGGUGUCACCCUGAUGGUAGCCUGCAUCUCCCCAUCCUCGCACUGCCUCUCGGAGACGCUGAGCACGCUGCACUAUGCCAGCCGGGCCCGGAGGGUCACCACCAGGCCCCUGGCCAACAGGGUGUCCCGGGAGAAGCUGCUGCAAACCUUGGAGGAAGAAAUCCACGCCUUGCAGCUGGAAAACCUCUCUCUGCGUCAGCAGCUGUGCCUGCCCAGGGUGCCAAUGAGGAGCACAGAGGUCCCAGGGACCCCCCCAAGAGCAGGGGCAUGGCCGGGCUGGGGAGGCAGGUAUGGCCCUGCAGGGCUGCGUCACUCCCCCCUUGAAGCGCAGCUCCCAUCGGAGGGAGCCCCAGCCUGGCCCAGCCUCUACGGCCUCUUGCGGGACUUUGUGGUGGAGAACGAGCAGCUGAGGCAGCCCAGGCUGUCCCCAGACCCCAGCAGUGAUGCCCUAGCUGGCCCAUCCCGUCCCCCGGUUUCCAAAGCAGCCUUCUGCCUCUGGCUGCCCCAGCUGCCUGGGGUGCCCCCAGUCCUGCCCCGGGCUGCCCGAUGCCAUCAUGUCCCAGGGCCCCCUGUGCCGCAGCCGGUGUCCGCUGAGGGAAGCACCAGUGUCCUGCCACCUGGCCAGGAGGACGCGUCUCUGCCCAGCUCCCAUCAGCUCGCCGCGCACCCCCAGCCGCAGCAGGGGAAGCGGAGCCGGGGCAGGAGCAGGAGCUCAUCCCAGUGGCACCCGCUCCCCCGGGAGCUGCCGGGGCCCAAGCGCUGUCCCAGUCCUGAGGGAAGGGUCAUCCCUUCAGCACCACCGUGGCCGGGAUUGCCGGAGCCGAGAGGUGAGCAGGGUGGCUGGGGGGACACUGGGCAGUGCCUCAGAUGGGGUCCCUCGGCGUUGGGCACCUGUUCUGAGCCCAGCCACUCACCCAUGGGGCUGCGGACCUGAUGCUGGGGACACUGGAGACCUGACCCUGCUGGCU